UUUAUGUAAAGAUAACCAAAAAAAAAUAUUGAUUUGAUUUAAAAUAAAAUCGAAUACGAAGCAUCUCACAGAAAAAGUUUUUUUUAGAGAAAAUUUGUUCGAAUGGAAUGGAGCAGAAGAAAAAUUCCUAAAAUAUAAGGGGAAUUCGAAUUACAAAUUGAUGUAAUUUUGCUGAGCAAACAAAAUUUACCAAAGAAAAAACAUUUGAUGAUAUGGUAAAAUAUAAUGAGGAACACUAAAAAAAAUGUAUUUGACUAUUUUUAUAAUCAGGGUGAUAUUUGCUGGUUAGAUUAUGAAAAUUCAAUUCUUGAAAUCAUAAAAAAUGAAUAAUUUGGGGAAGGAAUAAAAUUAAUAAAAUGUUUUGAUGAAAUAAUUAUAUUUGGUGAUGUUUUACGUUUACUACCUAUUAUUAAAAGAUUUACAAUUUAAUUAGAUUUUAAAAAACAUUAUGAAUUGUUUAAGUAAAUUUCAUAAGAUGUAUAAUUUAAUUCUAAAUUUAGGCUUUUAGAGUUAAGAAAAUAGAGGGAAAUCGAGAUUAUUAAGGUAUAAUUUAUUGUAAAAAUUAAUUAAACUCUUAAAUAGAAGCCUCAUUAGAAAAAUAAAUAUAUAUUCAAAGAAGAAUCAAUAAUGAAUAUUUGCAACAGUUUUAUGAAGUUUUUGAAAGUUCCGAUUAGAUUAUUGUAAUAACAGAAUUAACUUUGGGAGGAACAUUAAAUAAUUAUUUAUAAAAAUUUCCUGUACUAUCAGAAGAAAAGUCACAGAAAUUAAUGUUUAAAAUUUUCAAAGGAUUAGCAUAUCUUCAUUCAAAAAAUAUUAUGCAUAGAGAUAUAAAACCAGAUAACAUUUGGCUUGGAUUAAAUGGAAAUUUAGAUAAUCCAACUAUAAGUUCAUUUGGAUCAGCUGAAAUAGUUUAAUAAAUAUUUAGUUCGACAGAGGACUCUGAUAAUGAAUAAUAGAUUCCUGAAUAUUUAAAAUAAAGAUGUGGUACACCUGGUUAUACAGCUCCAGAAAUAUUAAGAAAUGAAUAUUAUGAUUAAAGAGUUGAUGUAUUUAGUGCUGGAAUUGUUAUGUAUUACUCUUUAUGUGGAAAAACUCCAUUUUAAGGGAAUAAUUAAUAAAAUAUUAUAGAAUCAAAUUUAUAAUGUGAUAUUGACUUUUCAAAAUUAUUUUUAAGUGAUGAAGGUCUCAAUUUUAUAUAAGGUAUAUUAAAUGAAAGUCCUAAUGAAAGAAUGAGCUCUCAAAUAGCUUUAAAUCAUUAAUGGUUUAAAAAAGAGAGAUUAUCAGAAGUGAUGGAAUUUAAAGCAAGUUAAAAGUUAAGAUAAUUAACUUUAAAAAAUAAUUAGCAAAAAACUAAGUUAAAUAAUUAGUAUACAUGCUCUUAAGAUGUAAGUCCUCUGAGUCCUUAAACUCCUUAGAUUAAUAAAAUUUAAAGAUAAAAUUCUAGUUUUCGUAUUAGAACUUAAAGUAAUAAUUUCAGUCCAGAUGGAAGCACAAUUAAAUUAUUUAAAAAAUAGAUUUCUUUUUAGUAAAAAUCAAGUGGAAAUUCUCCAAAUUAAUAAAGUCCAUUAAGUGAUGAAAUUAAAUAAGGAAGAUAAUAGAUGAAAAAAUCUAUUUUUAAAAAUUGA